AGACUAGUUUCUGUACUGUCCCACGCAGAUAGGUGCAGCGGGGAUGUGGAACCCUAGGCUCUCUAUAAGGGGGAACUGUAAGGUCCUGUUCUUCCUUUCCCUCCCUUGCUCCUUCCUUUAGCAGUUUUUCAGUUUCUCAGAAGCCGCUUUUCCCCCGCCCCACCCCCCUUUGCUCCCCGGAAGAACGCCAGGUCUCCCUGCGCCCACGCGGUCAGUGUCCCAUCGCCCGGGAGCUGAGAGGACGCAGCCGAUACGCCGAGCCCACGGAGGGCCGGCCGCUUCGCCUGAGCUCUGGGAGCCCGGGGGCCGGCUCAGGGGCGGUGCGGGGCUAGGUUUCGUUUCCCGCAGAGCUCCUACCUCCCUCCCAUCCUCGCUCUGCUCCCGGCCAUGAAGCCGCAACAGGCGGAGGUGAGCAUCCCGCUGCACCCACCCGGGCGGGGGCCGCCCCUCGCCAGCCUCCCCGACGAGCAGCCCCGCGACUUCAUCCUCUGGUCCCUCUUCAACGUCCUGGCGGGCUUCGCUCUCGCCUACCUCGGCUGCUUCUGCUUCCCCUCGCUCAUCUUCUCCAUCAAGGCCCGCGACUGCAAAGUGCUGGGCGACCUGGAAGGUGCUCGGUGGUAUGGAAGCCGGGCCAAGGUGCUGAACAUCAUCUUCUCUGUGCUGAUAGCCGUCGGUGUGUUGUCCACCAUCACCAUUGCCAUCAUGUUCAUCACCGCGAUCAGCAGAUAGAUAUAGAGAACUUCUGCCUCCAUCCCACUGUCCUGUGCUGUGCUCACUCCCAUAACCCCCCCACCAAAAAUGUGUCCCAAGGAAUUUCUGCUUUGGGGAAGGGGUGCAGAGCCCUGUCCCCUUGCUGCAUGUGGCAUGGCAGGGAUGGGUGGGGAGCUCCCUUCUCUGCUUCUGCUCCUGGGCCGUGCUGGUAUUUAACCAAGCUACAAUGUACACAUGGAUUGCCACUGUCACAAAUAAAGCUCCUGCUCACCAA